AUGGCGUCAAAUGGAGUACCGGACGGUGACCCGCCCCAUGCGUGGAAGCAGGACUCGAUCGAAGAGAGGAACUUCGCCGCAGGGCUGAUGUGCCUUGAGGGACAUUAUACACAGUCUCCUGUCAUGGGCCCGCUCUCCAUGGCCAAAGUCAUGAGUGUUAUUUCAAAGACUUUGGAGAAGACCCAUACCUUCAAGGACGUCAGAGAGGUGCUCUCGAGAAAUUUGAGGAUUUGGAUUUGGCUUCGUCGAGCUAUCUCGGCUACUAUCUGUGACCUGAACGAGAAGGCCUUGGGCGUACGAUCUGAGCCACGGGUGCCCACUAAGUUCACAGACAUCACGACACCUGAGGUCACGACUCUCAUCAUAAAGAAUUACGCCUUUCUCAAGGAAGCGCUGCAGAUGUUGAACAAGCUGAUGCACAUAGCUAGAAACCUCCUCGUCACAACCGACCCCGAGAUACCUCAGGAGCUCUCUGCCGCCAUCGUGUUUGAUCACGAGGUGUAUGAGGCCAUCUGCAUCUGCGUCAAUGUUACCAGCAAGGGCAUCGACGGGGAAAUGCCAGAAGAUGAUGCAUCCAGAGCCAAGCUUAAUGAAAUCACGGAGCUUUUCAAAAAAGUCCUCGUAACCUCUUUGCAGCAGGCACAUAAUUGGAUUGCCAAGAAUGAUCGGAAUAAGAUGCAAUUCUGGUUUCGAGUCUUGAUAGAACCACCGGACGUUGACGUCAACCCGUCGCUCGAGGACCGACAUGAAUCUGUUCUGGACUCCAUCGGCCCCAAGGUUUUCCCCCUCCGAUUCGAGAUUGCCAAUUGGCUGAAACGUAAUUCCAAAAUGUGCGACGCUGCAACUGCAAUCUGCAAAGAGUAUUGGGACGCCGAAGACGAUCAACACCGGAAUCAAUGGCUCCCGCGCCACUGGCAUCUUGCCUGGAACUACACACCUCCUGAGGUGUGGGCAUGGAAAUUACACGGCUACGACGAAACUGUGGAAUCCAUCUCAAAGUGGGAUCCCGAGGAGCCAGACAAGUUUGAGCAAGACAGAGCAUACGGCCGUGUGUCCCAUGAACUAGAUAAGUGGUGGGAAGAUGCCCACAUCCCGAGCAUGAAUGACCGACAUCUCGAAAUGCCCCCACUGGAAGGCGUACCGGAACGAAUAAAGCUGUGCGAAGCCAACCUCAUGCAACGAUAUGCAGCGGCAGAACCCUCCGAGGAACAGGAAGAAGAGGAUGCGCAUCACGUGGACGGCCCGACGAGCAAUCCUGAGUGGCAAGGUCACGGCCAGGCAGGCCAGGCAACGUCGGGUUAUGCACCAGAUUACGACGAGUAUGAGGAGGACCAGGAUGAUGAUGACUCGUAUGGAGAGGGCCCGAUGACGGGGCUGCUCACAGAAGUGCCAAACAUUCUGGAUCCCAAGCAGAUCGAGGCACUACACAUGAUUGUGAAAUCUUGUAUCCUCGAUUCAGCUGGCUCUGGACCAACACGCUUUGGUGAGAAUCUACAGCAGACGCGGUGCAGGAUGUUGCUCGCGACUGAUUGUGGCAAGAAUCUCUUGCGCGAGAUGCUCGUCUUCAUCGCCGUAUGGGAAAAGGAUGAGCAAUCUCUCAUCUUCCAAAUCAGCAGUCAAAUUGUCCAGGCAAUUCACGAAAGCUCACUUAUUCCAUAUGCAUGGAACGCUCUUCGCAGCCCCAAAGAUAUUAUAUCCCCCGCACAAACAGUACUACUCCGUCUCAUUACCUACCUGUCACGUACAGCGUUCCUCCCUCCCAAAGACUACAAUCCGUCGGCUAGCGCGAAUGACGCAUCCCAGCCACCAUCCGAGGAUCUCCGGCUUGCGAAAAUGCUCAACUUCCUUUACACCAUCUUCCGCAGUCGAAUCGUUCCCGAAUGCGUUGCAUUGAUGCAAAUCCAAGGGGAGGUACGCAAAGGACAGCUGGACCCAGCCGACUUCCCCGUCGAUAAUUGGGACCUGGAGCGAGCUAAGGAUGGCCUGGUACAAUACCUCGACUUCCUGUAUACCAUCGCAGAUAUACACCCGCUCCGUCAACAUUUAAUUGAAUAUGAGGCCGUCUACGAGCUUUUGAAACUCCUCGAGGGCCUUGAUGUAGGAGUCGAGAAGAUCCCCUUUGCGGGCGCUCGGCCAGCUCCUCCCACGCCGUUCAACACGACGUCAAAUCCUCACCAACCUUCAGCCGCAAACCCACCGCCUCCGCCACCUCCGCCGCCGCUGUCGGAACCACCACACGAGUUUCCCUGGUCUGGCAUUAAAGGCCAGGUGCUCUCCAUCCUUGCGGCGCUCCUUCAACCACCGCCUGGCCAAUCAUCCCCAGGCAACCCAACAGUUCAGUACCAAAUAGUGCAACAUAACGGCAUUGUGGCAUUGCUCAACUGCUGUCUUUAUGACGACAACAAUCGUUUCUGUCGCGAGCGCGUCCAGUUAUGCCUAAAAUGGCUCAUGGACGGCUCCCCCGACGCGAGUGCCUUCUUGCAGAACUUGGUCAGCGCCAACCCAGGACCCAUGGUGCGACCACCUCCCGGCUCCGGCACGAUCACUCAGAGUGUGCGUGUAGAUGGGGUGCCGGCGGAGGUGAGAGUCCAGGUGCGGAGCUCAAGUGCACCAGCCGGGGAUGACGGUGGUGGUGCACCUCUUGUCAGUAGUAACGUGGUGACUGCGGGUAGGAGCCGCAGCGAGGAACUUGUUAAUGAUAUUAUGGCGCUGGCUGAUGAGGCUGGUAAACUUGCGAUGGGGCCUGAGGGAGAUGAGACGGAGGAUGACUUCAUGUGA